UCCACCAUUUUCCCCCUUGAUUCCCUUUUUCUCGUCCCCUUUUUCGUACUUAAUAAAAAGAAAACCUAGUCGUAACCCUAACCCUAGAAUUGUUUCUCAUCAAUUGCCAUGGCCGGAGCUCUAGGGUUUUCUUUGGUCGCCAUGGCUGUUCUCUUCCCUCUCGUGGCCUCGAAUUCUGAGGGAGACGCUCUCUUUGCGCUUCGAAGUAGCUUAUCGGAUCCUGAUAAUGUGUUGCAGAGCUGGGAUCCGACUCUUGUUAAUCCUUGUACUUGGUUUCAUAUCACUUGCAAUCAGGAUAAUCGAGUUACCAGGGUGGACCUUGGUAAUUCAAAUUUGUCCGGUCAUCUCGUACCUGAACUUGGAAAACUUGAACACUUGCAAUAUCUGGAAUUGUACAAAAAUAACCUUCAAGGCACCAUCCCGGCGGAGCUUGGUAACUUAAAGAGCUUGAUAAGCUUGGACUUGUACAAUAACAAUAUCUCUGGGUCUAUCCCACCAUCGCUGGGAAAACUGAAAUCUCUUGUAUUCCUGCGGCUUAAUGACAAUCAAUUAACUGGGCAAAUGCCAAGAGAACUUGUUGGAAUUUCUAGCCUGAAAGUUGUAGAUGUCUCUAGCAACAAUCUAUGUGGGACAAUUCCAACUUCUGGACCUUUUGAACACAUCCCCCUGAGCAACUUUGAGAACAACCCUCGGCUUGAAGGUCCAGAGCUUCAGGGGCUUGUAAUGUAUGACACAAACUGCUAAAUGGCGAGGAGGACGCAAGUCACAAUCUCUACUGAUAUUACCUUCCUUUUAUUCUAAACAUACUAUCCAGGUUAUAAUAUAAUGUAUAUCUAGUUACAAAUAUAAUUGAACUGUAUUUGCGGGUCAUGAAAAUGCUGCUCUGUGUUGUGCAUGUAGAUAGGUUUGAUGUCGCUCCUCCUGUUGCUUUGGAGUUUGUGAAUAAAUUGUGAAGACUGAUUGAUGCUAGUAAACAUCUGAUUGAUGAUUAUUGACGAAGUCUGAACUAUGACUUCUGUUUCACA